AUGUUCGAUUUUUUGAAAAAAUGGACCCCAAUUCCACACCGACACCGCUCGACGCCUACCAAAGUGGUAGCAGGUCGUAAUUACGAUAACUCUACUGGCACUGGCCCUACCACGUCGAUUGCACCAGAACCAACAGCCAUGUCCGGCCAAGAUAUCUUCCAACCGAUCGCAAAGGAUCCUAUUCCCGCAAAUAUCAAGUCAAGGGGUGAUCAUCCAGUGAAGGCUAACCACAUUGAAAAUUAUUCUGGCCCAAUCUCAACGAAUAAAUUUUAUGCAAAUUUCUUCCUUGGUAAUCAGAAUUCUUACACCUUUACGCACCCUUAUUCUCUUGGCUGGGCAAAAGGAGAUAAAAAUGCGUCCAGCUAUGGUAUGUCCAUAUCUCACGUGGAACCUAGCCAAAGAGCGGAUGGAGAGCCCAAUAACUCUAUUCCCGGAAACCCGAUUAGAUAUUAUAUUAACCCCGUUGGUAUUAAAUCUAUCAUCAUCUCUGCCUCUGAACUCAAGGACUCAACUACGCUGUCAGUUUCGAAGCCCAAAGCAUUUUCGGCAGAAACUAUCCUACGUCCUAAGGCGGGAGCUACCGAAAGCAUUACUUUCCCCUUGGUUCAAGGCAUGGGAUUCAUUACCGGUAUUUACAACAAUCUACAGCCUGCCAUUCAGUCAGCCGUCCUAUUCAGAAAAUUAGAACCAGCUGGAUCCCCACAGGGUGGUAUCUUCAAGUACAAGAUCACAUUGGAAGAUGACAAGAACUGGCUACUUUAUGUUAUCCCCGAAAAUGGCUCAGAUCCAAAAAUGAAGCUUGAGAACAACAAGCUUAUCAGCGGUCCUACCGGUUUCAAGGGUGUUAUCCAAGUGGCUAAGAACCCAUCUAGCAGUGAGGGUGAGGGUAUCUAUGACAAGUCUGCAGGUUCCUAUGCAACAAACGUCAAAAUCACCGGUUCAGUUUCGGGUGAUGCCAAAGGUACCUACAAGCUUGCAUUCCAGAAGGCAGGAAAGGGCGGAUCCCUUGUGAUGUAUGCUCUACCACAUCUUGUGGAGUCGUUUGAUGAUGCUACAAAGAAUACCGUGAAAAACAUGAAGCUGAGCACCACUACCAAGGGCAUGGCCACGGCAUGUGUUGGAGAUUCGUGGACAAUGGUUGAGAGCAACCUCCCACUUUCAAUGGACUUUUCACCUUGGAAGGCUGGCGCCGGUUCGCAGUCUACUCUUUCUGAGGCAGUGAAGAACACAAUCAAAUCUAUUGCUGGAAAUGAGUUGUCCCAGGACAUGGGACCCCAGACCAACCUCAACAGCAUGUACUUCAGCGGUAAGGGUCUUAACAAGUUUGCCGGUGCCAUUUACACCAUUUCUGAACUUGUGGGAGACAAGGGCUUGGCCGCGGGACCCCUCAAUGGCCUGAAAGCCGCCUUUGCCCGUUUUGUCGAGAAUAAACAACAAAUCCCCCUGGUCUACGAUACUGUUUGGAAAGGUGUCGUUUCCUCUGGAACUUAUCAGAGCGGAGACAUUGGUCUUGACUUUGGAAACACUCUCUACAAUGACCACCAUUUCCACUAUGGUUACUUUAUCCUAUCCGCGGCUAUCAUUGGAAAAUUAGACCCUGCAUGGCUUGAUGCCAACAAGGCUUACGUGAACAUGCUUGUUCGGGAUUCUGGCAACUCCGUCGACAAUGAUGAAUUAUUUCCUUUCUCUCGCGCCUUUGACUGGUUCCAAGGCCAUUCCUGGGCUAAGGGACUGUUUGAAUCUUCUGAUGGCAAGGACCAGGAAUCCACUUCCGAAGAUACCAUGUAUGCGUAUGCUAUCAAAAUGUGGGGAAAGACCACGGGUGAUAAGAGCAUGGAAGCUCGAGGAAACUUGAUGCUUGGUAUCCUUGCAAGAUCUUUGAACAACUACUUCUUGAUGAAGAGUGACAACGUCAAUCAGCCAAAGAACUUCAUUGGCAACAAAGUCACCGGAAUUAUGUUCGAAAACAAGAUUGAUCACACCACUUAUUUCGGAGCAAACCUCGAAUAUAUUCAGGCAAUCCAUAUGCUUCCACUCCUUCCAAACUCUGCUUACACCCGAAGCGCAGAAUUCGUCAAAGAAGAGUGGGAUGCAAUGUUUGCAUCUGGUGCAGCCGCCCCUGCAGAGAAAGUAACAGGAGGCUGGAAGGGAGUUCUCUAUGCGAACCUGGCCUUGAUUGACCCCGAAGCUUCCUGGAAAUACUUCGCUCAGCCAAACUUGGAUCUUUCUACAAUUGAUGGUGGUGCGAGCCGUAUAUGGUAUCUUGCCUAUGCAGCCGGUCUCGGUGGUGGACCAAGAUGA